AGGUUUUAGCAGUAUCGGGCUUCAGUAGGUCACACGGAGUGAAGUGUGGCUGAACUACUCCAGUGUUUUUUUUUUUUUUUUUACUUCGUGAAUAUUUUUAUCGUAAAAAAUGCAAAACUGCGCGAAAUCUUGGGGGUUUAUCAAUAGGAUGGUUAAUGCUCGCGUGCAUUACAAAAACCUACAUGGAAAGAGAAGCAUUUUUGUGAAUCUGACGAAAAUUCCCAAAUUAUCUUCCAACAUCCGUGGAAUUAGGACCACUGCAGUUUUGGGGACGAGAAAGAUUGAGAGAAUACUGCCAAGACAUGAUGAUUUUGCUGAGAGACAUAUUGGACCCGGCGACAAAGAGAAGAGGGAAAUGCUUAAUACUCUGGGGGUUGGGUCCGUUUCAGAGCUUAUAGAAAACACAAUUCCAUCAUCUAUUCGCCUGCAAAGGAAUCUGAAAAUGGACGACCCUGUCUGUGAAAAUGAAAUUCUUGAGUCACUCCAAAAAAUUGCUUCCAAGAACAAGCUGUGGAGAUCCUACAUUGGAAUGGGCUAUUAUAACUGUGCUGUGCCCCCUGUCAUACAGAGAAAUCUUCUGGAAAAUUCUGGAUGGGUGACCCAGUACACUCCCUACCAACCUGAGGUCUCUCAGGGUCGUCUGGAGAGCCUGCUGAACUACCAGACUAUGGUGUGUGACCUCACGGGCAUGGCGGUGGCUAACGCCUCCCUGUUGGACGAAGGCACUGCAGCUGCCGAGGCAAUGCAGCUCUGCCACAGGCAAAACAAGAGAAGGACGUUCUACAUCGACCCCCGUUGUCAUCCCCAAACAAUUGCAGUGGUGCAGACCAGAGCCAACUACAUUGGGGUGAAGACGCUGCUGAAGUUGCCUCACGAUAUGGACUUCAGUGGCAACGACGUGAGUGGCGUGCUCUUCCAGUACCCUGACACCGAAGGCAGGGUGGAGGACUUCUCGGCACUCGUGGAUGGGGCCCACAAGGGCGGAGCACUGGCCUGCUGUGCCACAGAUCUGCUGGCGCUGUGCAUCCUGCGCCCGCCUGGCGAGUUCGGGGUGGACAUCACCCUGGGCAGCUCGCAGCGCUUUGGGGUGCCUCUCUGUUAUGGAGGUCCUCAUGCAGCCUUCUUCUCUGUCAAAGAAAACCUGGUUAGGAUGAUGCCUGGAAGGAUGGUUGGAGUCACUAGAGAUGCCGCUGGUAAAGAGGUGUACCGUCUGGCACUGCAGACCAGGGAACAGCACAUCCGCCGUGACAAGGCCACCAGCAACAUCUGCACUGCACAGGCGCUCCUGGCAAACAUGGCUGCUAUGUAUGCACUUUACCAUGGCCCUCAAGGCCUACGGCACAUCGCCGAAAGGACUCACAACGCAGCGCUGAUUCUCGCCGAGGGGCUCAUUAGAGCUGGCCACAAGCUCCAGUAUGACACCUUCUUUGACACUCUGAAGAUUCACUGCAGCGUGGCGGCCAAAGACAUACUGGAGAAAGCCAUGCAGCGUGAGGUCAACCUCCGUGUCUACAGCAAAGGAAUGCUUGGCGUGUCUUUGGAUGAGACAGUUACAGAGAGAGACUUGGACGAUCUGCUCUGGAUCUUUGGCUGUGAAUCCUCUGCUGAGCUCCUGGCUGAGAAAAUGAGUGAGAGGACCAAAGGUCUGCUGGCAAGUCCUUUUAAAAGGACCAGCAAGUUCCUUACCCACCCGGUGUUCAACAGUUAUCAUUCGGAAACCAACAUUGUGCGCUAUAUGAAGAGGUUGGAGAACAAGGACAUCUCCCUUGUCCACAGCAUGAUUCCCUUGGGGUCCUGCACGAUGAAGCUGAACAGCUCCUCAGAACUCAUGCCAAUCACCUGGCGGGAAUUUGCCAAUAUCCAUCCCUUUGUGCCACUGGACCAGGCUGAGGGUUAUCAACAGCUCUUCCGACAGCUGGAGAGGGAUCUUUGUGAGGUCACAGGAUAUGACAAGAUCUCCUUCCAACCAAAUAGCGGUGCCCAGGGGGAGUAUGCAGGCCUGGCAGCAAUCAAAGCCUAUUUGAAUUCCAAAGGAGAGUCCCACAGAACGGUGUGUCUGAUUCCUAAGUCAGCUCAUGGAACCAACCCAGCCAGUGCUCAGAUGGCUGGAAUGAAAAUCCAGGUGGUGGAGGUGGACAAAGAUGGCAGCAUUGAUGUGGCUCACCUGAAAGCGAUGGUUGACAAACACAAGGCAAACCUGGCUGCUAUAAUGAUCACGUACCCAUCAACUAAUGGAGUGUUUGAAGAGAAUGUGAGUGAAGUGUGUGACCUCAUUCACCAAAAUGGUGGCCAGGUGUAUCUGGAUGGGGCCAACAUGAAUGCUCAGGUGGGACUGUGUCGGCCAGGAGAUUACGGCUCGGAUGUUUCUCACUUGAAUCUUCACAAAACCUUUUGUAUACCCCAUGGAGGUGGUGGCCCAGGCAUGGGGCCCAUUGGCGUGAAGAAGCACCUCGCCCCAUUCCUGCCAAGCCAUCCAGUGGUAAACAUGCAGUCCAGCAACACAGUAAGCUCUUUGGGCACUAUCAGUGCUGCCCCCUGGGGGUCUAGUGCCAUCUUGCCCAUCUCUUGGGCCUACAUAAAGAUGAUGGGCUCAAAGGGGCUACGACAUGCAACAGAAGUAGCAAUCCUUAAUGCAAACUAUAUGGCCAAGAGACUGGAGAAUCAUUACAAGAUCCUCUUCAGGGGGUCUAAAGGGUUUGUUGCACAUGAAUUUAUUUUGGAUGUUCGGCCAUUUAAAAAAACUGCCAACAUCGAGGCCGUGGACGUUGCCAAAAGGCUACAGGAUUAUGGUUUCCAUGCUCCCACCAUGUCAUGGCCUGUGGCUGGAACGCUAAUGAUCGAGCCCACAGAGUCAGAGGACAAGGGUGAGCUGGACCGCUUCUGUGACUCCUUGGUGGCUAUUCGACAGGAAAUCGCAGACAUCGAGGAAGGCCGGAUGGACUCUAGAGUUAACCCUCUAAAGAUGGCUCCUCAUUCACUGGCAUGCAUUGCCUCAUCCACAUGGGACAGAUCCUACUCCAGGGAGUUUGCUGCUUUCCCCAUGCCUUUUGUGAGACCCGAGACCAAAUUCUGGCCCACAAUUUCGAGGAUUGAUGACAUCUAUGGUGACCAGCACCUUGUAUGUACCUGUCCCCCCAUGGAGGUCUACGAAUCUCCAUAUGAAGAGCGAGCAUCUUCAUGACCACCUCCUGGCAACAUUCCACUCUUCCGAAUGAUCCCUCACCACUCGGUUUCAGUUCUUCUUUUGAUUAAUUCUCUUUGGUUGGAGUCUUGCUGCCUCAUUUCACAUACAUGGGCCAAAUAGCUGCCUUCACCUCCCUGCCCUUGCUUUAAUGCUCUGUUCCAUGACUAAAAAAAUAAAAGCAGAAUUUCACUCAGAUUUAGUGAUCUACUUGUAUAGGCUUUUAUUUUUAUAUUUGUUUUACAUUUAUGAAUGUUUGUUUUGUUUUAAAUGUAUGCAGUUUUGUUUUGACUAUGUAGAAAAAUGUACUGGCACUGUUUUUCAAUGGUCACAUUUUAAUUUUUAUAGAUGUAACCUUUUCUAAUUAUUUAAGGAACUCACAAACUGUUUGUAGAAAUUUUAAUAAAUGUUUUAAA